AAGGAAGAAGAAGAGAAGAAGGAGAGAAUAUCGUUACCGCGUCGAGACACAGAUAUGAGGUCCUCUUUGAUCGUAGGAGUCGCUCUGCUCCUGACGAUAGCGACUACGUCCAUCGUCCAGGCGUGCAAAUCGGAACAUACGUGUGGAAAUUUAGGCCCAGGCAUCAACGCGUGCAAAUGCGGGGAAAUAGUGGUGAAAGCAGCAAAGGUGCAAAAGCCGUUGUUCUAUGCGUCGCCGAGAGCGAUCAACGAAGCUGCGGCGGCUCGCGAAGCGGUUGGAAGGGUAAACGUGGGAACCGAAUAUGGGAUAUCUUUCCCUAAAUACUCGUCGAGUGGAACGUUCAGUGGUAGCAGCGCUAGCAGCGCUAGCGACAGCUCCAUGUCUUCAAGUUCCUCGUCUUCCGUCGGAAUUCUCGGAGGACCGUUUGGCCGCAGCAACGCUUAUUCCGCACCCUUCAAAUCUGUCUCGGGCAAAGUUACUUCGAGUUGUGGAUGCGGAAAGACAUCCGAAUCUCUGGAGGUUCGCGAUCUUCUGUCCUCUAAUAUCGAAGGGAAAAUCGCGCCUAGUUUUCCACCGAUCGGCGAUUUGUGUUAUCCGAAUCCGCCUAAUGGAAAAUUCCAAGUGACGACAAAAGUGACACCGGCACGUCCUGGUAAGAUCAAAUGUGGUCCCCCCAUCCCUUACGAGAUUUGCGUCAAAGUGCUCAAUGGACAGAUCGACGAGGCUGGAUUGAGAGAACUGGGCUUGGCGACCGGCGGAUUAUACGGCGGAAGCGCCUUUGCUGGCGGGAAUAGUCUCGGUGCAGCGGAAUACACGACCUCCGACGACGCGGCUACGCGAUACGGUUCGUACGGUUCGUACGGCUCGUACGGCUCGUACGGCUCGUACGGGGCUAGUAGUGCCAGCGCCAGUAGUGCCAGUGCGAGCUCGACGACACGCGGAUAUAACGCGGGUGGUAGCCUCGCGGGAUACGAAUCGUACGCGAGUGCCGCCGCGGGUGCUGCCGGAUACGGAUCGUACGCCGCCCCCGUUGGCGCGAGUGCCGCUGGUGCUGCUGCUUCCAGCGACUUUGAGACCAGGAGCCUGAUCCAAGGAUCUAGCUGCGAUUUUGGCGAUGACGCAGAGUUUCUCGAGGACUAUUCGUAUCCUCGGCUGCCAGCGGAUCCGGUCUCGCUCACCUUGGCGUACAAAAAUCUCUUCCCUCGCACGGUGUACUACAGUAGAAAGGCGUUCGUGCCGGAAGACAAGCUGGCGUUCGGACACCGAACCAUGCCGACCGAAUCGACACCGGCCGGUAAAAAGAUGUCGGACGUUCCCGAGGAAAAGCUUCAGAUCCUCGAGAAACCCGUCGUGGAGUUGAAGCCAGUACCAUCGGUUUCCAUCACCACCAUCGGCGCUUACGACGAGCACGAGGAAGCGAAGCUGGCUGAGCUCGAGGCCAUCGAGCGCGAGAGGAUAAAUCGGGAAGAGCUCGCCGAACGGCAGCGAGGAAACUUUAUUACAUACGGAGAUCUGGGAUACGCGCCAGUCAACAGAGGGCCGGGGGGACUGCGGCAACCCUUGUCGGCGGGUCCUAUCGGCGUGCUCAACGCGCAAGACGAUAUCGGAGCGGAUUGCGGUCCAGUAGGACCACCGGAUCCCGAUUACGUUCCUGGCAGCAUCCAGAUCGAUCGAGACCUCGUGGAGUCGAACUUGCGAGGCGAGGAAAUCGAGGAUGACACUGGCGAUUCGAAGGCGAUGUACGUUCGUCAUUACGCGGGCGGCGACAUUAGCGAGGAGGAAGACGACAGCGACGAUUCCACGUCCGGCAUAUUCGCUAGGCUGAAAAGUGUUGCCCGAAAGCACGGUUCUCCGUGUGCAGGUUUAGCCGUAUAAACGGCUGUCCGGUCGUGCUUUUCGGCGAUCGCGAACCGAUCGAUCACCUUUGUUGACUAUCGAGAUGACUUGAUCUUGAUUCUUCUGACACGCGAAGACACGGAUGGACACCCUCGAAUAUUACACUAGUCUUAGUCCUGUGUCUUUGUCAUGUUAUUAUUGUUAAGAUAAUAUAGCAGUUAUGCGACAAUUUUAA